AUGUCUGCUACAGCGCCAAACUCAGAGCUAUCUACUCGACCAAAUGUUCCUCUCCAGUACUCAGACUUCUUCAGCUUGGCUAGCGUCCACUGGGGCCGUGGCUGCGGUGGCGUGCCUGGUGGUGCGCCUGAUAGUGCAUGUGUUGGAGUCGACCGGUCAAGGUCUCCUCAGGAGUAG